AUGUCAACUUCUGAUGGUAAUUCAUCCAUCAGAAGCCUUAGUGAGAUAUCAGAACAGGAAACUGUGCGCUUCAGUGUCGAUCUUGUGGCUGCUGCUAAAAGAAAUCUCGGAUUUUUAAAACUUGUUAAUGAUUCCCAUUGGCUGCACCAAAAACCCACCAUUCUUGAAGCCAUUAGAAGGUAUUAUCAGCUAUGGAUGCCAUUAUUUGCUGACCUUAUUUCGGGGUCAAAGCCUCCAUUGAUUCUUCCCCCUCUUGAUAUUGAAUGGGUUUGGUAUUGUCAUACUUUAAAUCCGACCAGUUAUAGACAUUACUGCGAGUCGAGAUUCUCGAAACUGAUAGGAAAACCGACCAUAUUUGAUGAAGAAAAUGAAGAGUAUGCAUUGAACAGGUGCAGAGAAAUCUGGGAACAUAGAUAUCCAUCUGAACCUUUCGAAAAUGAAGCUGAUACGAACUCGGAUGAUCAGCCAAUUUUUCCACUAGAUCUAUUGGAGGAAGUAUCAAAGCACAGAUAUUUGUACAAUAAUUUUUCUGAACCAUACAGUUCAGAUAUGGCGUAUUUAAUUGCAUCAAAACAGAGGUAUAAAGGAUUUAUUUACAUGAUGCUAAGAUUUGCAAAUGAAUGCUCCCGUCUGGUGCCCACUUCAGAUGUUCUAUUAAUGUGGCUGACUCAUCAGAGCUAUCCAACAAUAUAUGCAAUGGACAUUAAAGAGUUGGAGGGGGAUAUAAAGAAGAUAGUUGGGCCAUGGGAAGCUGUGGAGGAGGAAAACAUUGAAGAAACCAAAAUGCUUUGGGAGAGAACUUUUGAUCAACCAUAUGAGAAAGCUGGUGGUGCAGCCGUUGGAAGUACUAUCAAUAUCGAAAUGCCUUUUUACUGGGAUGUAUCAGAUAUUGAUGUUAACACAAGAUAUAAGUCCAUGGCGCCCCGAUUCUUGUUUGAGCUCUGCGUAUCUGUGAAAUUGAACACGAAAAUGAAACAAAUGGAAGGGAAUUUUUCCCGUGACUUUCUCCGUCUCCGUAUGGUGAAGUGUCACAAGGAGCUCAAACUAGAUAAAUCAGUAUCUAAAUUCACCUCAGAAUCGUGGAAAAAAGCUUGGCAUCUUUACUGUGAAUUUGGGACAAAAGGAACAAUACUCGAGCUCCGUCAGCAAGGAGGCCAGUGCUUUAAAAGUAGUACCCUGCAACAAAGCGUACAAUAUACUUGGAAUGACUUGUUACGUGCACCGUCUCUCACUUCAGAUAAAGAGGUCAAUCAAAGAUUGAGGGCUGUUGCUUCGAUCACUCCACCUGUGCAAGCAUCUUACUUGCUGAAAUGCGUUCCGGACCGAGUAACGGAUGAUUCAGGUGCAAUGGUAUCAGAUGUAAUUCUGAAAAUGAACCAGUACAGGCCUCAAAAAGGUCGAUGGUUAUCUCGAACUGUUCUGGAUCAUGCUGGAAGAGAGUGUUUUGUUAUUCGAAUGAGAGUGGGAGGCGGGGUUUGGAGGAGAGGGGGUGAAGCUCCUUCAACCGUAAAAUGGGAGGAAAGGAUUAUAGAAAUACGCGAGGGUUCUUGGUCUUAUGUUAGCAAUUCCAGUUCCAUUGGUCGUGCUCCUGAGAAAGUGGUAGGAACUGCAACACCAAAAGAACCGCCCGAAGGGUGCCAAGCUUAUUGGAGUUUGUCUACAGGCAAUGAACUGUUAAUACAGUGGGACCCAUCAACAUCUACCUCAGGCCCAACUUUUAAUCUUCAAAAUAAACAAUCUACUGAAUCAGUGGUAAAGCUGUUGAAAGGGCGACAACUGCAAUAUCGGGUAAAAAAGUCUGGCUUAAAGGCUGAAGAAGGAAAAGAAGACAGUUAUGUUGAAGAAGAUGAAUUUUUGACUAUAGUUAGGUUCUCGGAGGAAAACCCAACAGGGAAAGCCACUGCUCUUUUGAACUGGAAGCUACUCGUCGUUGAAGUAUUGCCGGAAGAAGAUGCAGUUUUCGUACUUCUUCUCUGCCUAUCAAUACUCCGAAGCAUAUCAGAAAUGAAGAAAGAAGACGUCGGAAGCUUACUAUUAAGGAGGAGGAUACGAGAAGCAAAGGUUGGAGAUAGAGAUUGGGGGUCGGUUAUACUUCAUCCCUCCUCGUAUUCUCCAUCCAUUUCUUCAACUUAUCUCCUCCCUUGGUACUGGAACGCAGAGUUGUUUAUGGUAUCACAAGUACAAGAUCAAAUCGUGAAUUCACCAGCUUCAAAUUAUUCACUAGCAGAAGGCGGAGAUAAGCUGUAUAAACAAGGGAUAAUUUCUUAA